AAAGGAGGGGGUGUAGCAGAGAGAUGCAGCUGAGAAUAAGGAGCGGAGGUCUUUAAGGUUUAGGCAGUUUUGUGAGCUCCAUCCUGACAGAUGGACAGCCAGGACAGAGUUGAACUCUGCUACCCCCAGCACCCAAACAGCUCCUGCAGAGGUCUGAAGCGACCUCCCUCCGAGGCCGUCCUGCUGUACGCGCUGCUCUCCUCCGUGGCCGUGGUCACCGUCGCUCUGAAUCUGCUGGUCAUCGUCUCCAUCUCCUACUUCCGGCAGCUGCAGACCCCGAACAACACGCUCCUGCUCUCCCUGGCCACCUCGGACCUCCUGGUGGGGCUGCUGGUGAUGCCGGUGGAAGCGGUGCGGCUCGUCGAGCCCUGCUGGCUGCUGGGCGACGUCAUGUGCGCCCUGUCUUACAUGGUCGGCUUCACGCUCACCUCGGCCUCCGUGGGCAACAUGGUGCUCAUAUCGAUAGACCGCUACGUGGCCAUAUGUUUCCCCCUGCAGUACCCGAGUAAAAUCACUCGGGGCAGAGCGGAGGCGUCUGUGAGCCUGUGCUGGGCCUGCUCUCUCCUCUAUAACGGACUCAUCUUAAAAGACCACCUCAGGCAGCCGGACAGGUACAACUCCUGCUACGGGGAGUGCCUGGUGGUCAUCAGCUACGUCUCCGGAACCGUAGACCUAGUCUUCACCUUCAUCGCUCCCUGCUCGGUCAUCGUCUUGCUGUACAUGAGAGUGUUUGUGGAGGCGGUGUCGCAGGCCCGGGCCAUGCGCUCUCGCGUUACAGCUGUCACGGUUAGGGUCACGGCGACGAAAUCCGAGCAGAAAGCAGCCAGAACUCUUGGCAUUAUUAUAUUUAUGUUUCUGGUGACUUUCUGUCCGUAUUACUACCCGUCUCUCGCAGGUCAAGACAUCUCCAACAGUGCCUCGUCUUGGGCCGUCGUGUCCUGGAUGGUGUAUUUCAAUUCCUGCUUGAAUCCGCUCGUAUACGCCUUUUUCUAUCCCUGGUUCAGAAAAAGUAUUUCUUUAAUUGUGACUCUGAAGAUCCUAAAAGAUGACUGCUCACAGACAAACAUGCUUUAA